UUUAACACGUAAUGGAAUGAGUUUUUACGUUAUUCUUUCAUAAAUCUCAUUUUUAUUAAUCUCAACGAUUUUUAAAUAUAUAUGUAUAUAUAUAUAUAUGUAUAAAAUAUAUGUAUAUAUAAUGUGUGUAUAUAUAUAUAUGCAUAUGCAAACGUAUAUUUGAAGUAACGUUGUAUUAUACAUUUGUGGCGUUUGAUGUAACAAAAAUCGGGGUUAUAAUUUUGACAUUGUUGACACAAUGGACUUGUCAAAAAUACCAAACGAUAAAAAAUUAUAUCUUUGCAAAUGGUAUUUCAGGGCUGGAUUUGUUUUUCUACCAUUCCUUUGGGCUGUAAAUGCUAUUUGGUUUGCAAAAGAAGCUUUUAUUGAACCUCAUUACGAAGAACAGAAACAAAUUAAGAGAUAUGUAAUAUUUUCUGCGAUUGGAGCAAGUAUAUGGUCAUUUGCUCUUUUAGCAUGGAUUAUUACGUUUCAAACACAAAGAGCAGCCUGGGGUGAAUUCGCAGAUUCUAUUAGUUACAUAAUUCCAACUGGAAUUCCUUGAUGUUAAUAUACAUUUAUUUUUAUUUAAUUGUUUAUAAACAAUUAUCAUAAUAUACAUAAAAUUAUCAUAUUUAAUACAUAAAAUAAGACUGUUAUUUUUU